AGCUCACCUGGGUGGAGUCGCUUCGUGGAUCAUGCCCUUCACCGGCGUAUCUGUCAUCACCGAUGAAGGAGCGCGAGCGCCACGAUCGUCCUCGCCAACCACAAGCAGCAACACCUCCAGCGGCUACCACCUGCUCAUAGUCAAGGGGUACUCGCGCACCAAGAUCAGCACACCGACGGGAGAGUGCAUCAGGUCUCGCCCUUUCAUGGUUGGCGGCUACCUUUGGUGCAUCCAGUACUACCCCAAUGGCGCCAAGUCGGAGAAUGCAGAUUUUAUAUCUCUUUAUCUUGUCAUCAGAAGGGACACCUUGGAAAGAUCAAAAUACCUUAAGGAUGACAGUUUCACCCUCCGCUGUGACAUCGUGGUCGUUGGGGAUGCCAUAAACAGCAUGGACACCGCCACCGCUUUUCCGUCCAUCAAGGUGCCGCCUUCCGACAUGCAACAGCAUUUCAGCGAUCUUCUUCUGGCCGAGGAGGGAACGGACGUGACGUUCAAGGUCGGCAGCGAGACGAUCGCAGCGCACCGGUGUGUGCUGGCGGCCAGAUCUGCCGUCUUCAAGGCAGAGCUCUUUGGCACCAUGAAAGAGGGUACGGCCACUACAAGCGUCAUACAGGUCGACGACAUGGACGCGCAAGUUUUCAGGGCGAUGCUCGGGUUCAUUUACAGUGACUCGCCGCCGGACAUAGAGGAGGAAGAAGAUGCAGAUGUGAUGUGGCGGCACCUACUCAUCGCUGCUGACAGGUAUGAUCUCCGGCGACUAAGGCUGAUGUGUGAAGAGAAGCUGUCCGAGUACGUCGAUGUGUCCACGGCCACGACAAUCUUGACGCUAGCUGAGCAGCACAACUGUCGCGGGCUGAAGGAGACGUGCUUGGAGUUUCUCAACUCUCCUGCAAACCUGCAAAAGGUCAUGGCGACCGGUGGUCUGGAUAGUCUUGCCGCAUGCUGCCCCUCUGUUCUCAAAGAUCUCAUUGCCAAGCUUGCCAGGCUUAAGCAAUAAAAGUAGAGUAAUAUGCUAGUACUUGUUGCUAUCUCAAAACAUGUCGCCAAGAAGUAUUUGAUCCUAGAGAGAUCAGAUACGGGAAUUUUUAUAUUUUCGUCAUAUAGUAUUUGAUCCUGUUGCACAUGGCUG